GGACGGCAAAGACAUUUUUGUACUGUGUUAGAUAUUUCGCAGAAUUAUAUACCUCUGCUCUGUUGUUCUAUGGCUCAUUGGAAGGAAGAUGAAAUAUUUGCAGACAAGCUAGCUCGCUUAUGUUGUGAUCAUUUCAACAAGUUGAACAAGAAGGGAAAACCUCAAAUAGAUGGCGAGUGGACUUUGUUGGCUGCUAUUGUGCUUGUUCAGCAAAGAGAUGACGAUGACAACUCAACAACAAAAUAUUCCAUGGAGGUGGUUGCAAUGGGAACUGGUUCUAAAUGCAUAGGAAGAAACAGAAUGAACAAUCAAGGAACUAUUUUAAAUGACAGCCAUGCAGAAGUUAUUGCCAGGAGAAGUUUUCUCAGGUAUCUUUACCAGCAGUUAUGGUAUGUUUAUAAAGAGGAGAAAAGUAUAUUUGUUUUCCAAGAGGAAAGUUGUUUAUGCAAGCUUAAAGAUGGAGUGUCCUUUCAUCUUUUUACUUCCCAUACACCUUGUGGUGAUGCUUCAAUCUUUCCAAAAGCAGAAGAUGAUACUUUGGUAGUUUCAGGAUUACAAAGUCAAAGCCUUAAGUCUGGAAAGAGAAAAUGUCACUCACCCUCUGAAAUUGUCACACCCAUGGAUUCCUCAAAGAAAAUCUGUCUUGAAAAGAAAACAACCAAUGAUUUAAGCUCUGACAUUCUGAUUGAAACCUCUAUUGUAUCAUCAACUGUGCAAAUCUUUUCUCAAGAAGCUACUGGCAUGCAUAGUAGUAACCACACAAGUGAAACCUCAGCAGAAUUUUCAUUGUUCCUAUCAGACUCACAAUCAAAAUGUGAAGACCUAAAAAAUUUCACCAUCAACUGUAAGGAACAAAAAGCAAAUGGAACACAAACAGAUCCUGUGAGUAUAAAUAAUGAUGAGACUGGACGUGUGGUGGCCAAUUUCAAUCAGAUACAAAAUAAUGGUAAACAGUACAAGGAUGUGCAUAGAACAGGAGCAAAGUGUGUGCCAGGAGGUGAGCAGGAUCUUCUUCAACCUGGCAUUGAAUACCAUACUGUGGGUAUUUUACGCACUAAACCAGGGCGUGGAGAUCCUACAUUAUCAAUGUCAUGCAGUGACAAAAUAAUGAAAUGGAAUGUUCUUGGUAUCCAAGGAGCUCUGUUGUCUUACUUUUUAACAACUCCAGUGUACCUGUCAUCCAUUGUGGUUGGUAUGUGCCCCUAUGAUGGCACUGCUAUGAAGAGAGGAAUCUUUGAACGCGCUUUAUCUGUAUCAUUGGACUUGUAUAGUGAAUUUUGUCAUCAUAAGCCCAAGACCUUUCAAGCAGAUGUGCAGUUUGAAUACAGCAAAUAUAAAGUCAUGGAACAGAGUCAGAGUAAAGUAUCUUCAUCCUCAACAGCUAUUAUUUGGAUUAAAGAUCCCUUCUACCAUGAAAUUUCUGUUAAUGGACUUCGACAGGGCGUUACUAAAAAGAACCUCUCAUCACCAAAAGCAAGAACCUGCAUUUGUAAAGCAAGUCUGUUUGAGACAUUCAAAGCUCUGGUUGGUAGCAUUCCUGUCUGGAAGCUUCCGUCCUCAUUAAGGUUAGUCCAACUAGUGGUACAUGGUACACUCCUUAAACUGAUUACAGAGCUUUUAUGUAUGUAAUGGUAACUGCAUUAGCAGUAUUAAAGCCAAGGAAGUCCUUAAUUCAUAAAUAUGGUAAUUUUAAGUAUGGAAUGUUUAUUUUUUUUUUUUUUUAAUUUGGUUGACAAAACUGGCACAAGAAUUCUGGUGUUGAAUAAGGAUCUGGGAAGCAACUCAUAGUGACAAGAGGCAACACUCGAGGAAGUAUCAUGACUCAGAAAUGGGAUUACUCUCUGGCUGGAUGGGCCUCUAAGUUCAUGCCUUAAGUUUAACCCUGCAACUUCUAUGAGUGACUAAGACAAAUUUCUCUCAACUAUUAAAUACAAAAUCAUGCAAACUGGUGAUGGGAUUAUAGAAUAUAUUAAUUAGAGGAUUAUAGCUAAUACAAUACAAAAUUCUCAGAACUAACAUCAUAAGAAUUUAAUAACAGAAAAUAGGGGGAAUUACUAAUGAGAUCUUGGAAGUGAAAUGGUCAACCUGUCACCAAUUUCUAUCAUCUUGAUCUUAAAAGAAAUAUGAACAAAGUGUGCAGUACACUGUUUAACUAAUAAAAUGAAAAAUUUAUUUACCACAAGUUACAUCAAAAUUAUCUGACUUUAUUUUCAGGCAAAAGAAAAUAACAAGCUACCACAAUGCAAAGAGACAAGCUUCAAUAUAUAAUGCUGUCAGGGAAAAAUUCCUCAUUGCAUUUCCAACUUGGUGCCUGAAGCCUGACAACCUAUCAAAUUUCACUGGAUCAGAAUGAAAAAAUAAAGAACUUUCAUGGUUCUUAGCCAUGCUAGCUGCAACUUGUAGGAGAUAUGGAUUAUUUGUGGUCAUUACUCAAAAUUUGUAGUCAUUUAGCCGAUUGGCCACUGUCACUAGUGUCAA